AUGGCACCCUCCAUGAGGAUAAAGGCUCCAAAAUUGCCUGACAACCUCCUGAAGGAGCUCGGCGUAGAAGGUGAGCAACAAUCGCACGGAGGUCGCAAGAAUCAAUUCCAAUCUAGAAAGGAUCGCCGUAAAGCAGAGAGAACACAGAAAAGGAUCCACCGCACCUCGUCCACAAGAAGUUACCAUACCGAGCGCGCUACAGCCCCAAAACCACAGAAGAAGGUCGAUGUCGCAUCGACAAAGGAAGCAAAGGAACCCAAGCCCAUCUUGAAGAACGGGAAGAAACGACCAUUGGAGGAUGAGGAUGAAGAUGUUGCCCUCGAAGAGAACGAUAAUGAGGGUUUCGAUGACGAGGGCGAUAUCGAUCUUGACGAGGACGAGGACGACGAGCUAGACCUCGACGAAGAAGACGACAAAGACGGCGAAGACGUGGACGAUGAAGAGGAAAGUGAUAUCCCAACACAAAUCAUAUCGAAGUCGCAGCCAAAAAUUUCAAAAACUGUCAUGGAACGAUUGGCGCAAGACGACAAGGAGAUCGCCGACCUCGAAAAGAAGCUCGGCAUCAAGGGACGCAAAUCGCUUCCCAAGUCCUUCCAGGAGGAUGGUCUUCUUGAUCUACUAGAAGGCCUCCCUGGCGUAGACGACGAAACAGCCGAGAAAAGGAAGCGGAAGUCUGAAGCGGAUGAGUGGCUUGCGGCGAAAAGGAGGAAAGCGGAAGAGGCGAAGAAGACGAAGGAAUUCGAACUAGACGAGGAAGAAAAUGAAGUCUCCGAACUGGACGAGGAGGACGAUGGCUUGGACGAUCUCUUAGAGGGAUUGAACUCUGACGAAGACAACGACUUUGGAGGAUUUGACGAGGACGAGGACGACGACGACGACGACGACGACAACGACGACGACGAAUCCGACAACGACGAAGAAACGCUACAAAAGCCGCCAGAACGAGUCCGCGAAAACCCAUAUGUUGCGCCCACAACUGGGCGGACUGUAGUAAAAUACGUGCCACCAUCGAAGCGACAGGAGGCGGGCUCAGAAGCGGAGUUGGUGGCCCGCAUUCGCCGUCAAACACAAGGUCUCAUCAACAGGAUGACAGAGUCUAAUCUUUUAUCCAUCAUUAUGGACUUUGAAAGGCUUUACCGCGACAACCCGCGACAACAUCUUACGUCGAACAUUGUCGAUCUCCUACUCAUUCAGGUGUGCGAGCCAACGACGCUGCCUGAUACGUUGCUCGUGCUUACCGCGGGUUUCGCUACCGGUAUCUUCAAGGUGAUUGGUAUGGACUUUGGCGCACAAUUAAUCCAAGAAGUGAUCGAGCGAUUUGAUAGGCAUUAUGAAGAGGCCAAGGAGGCUGCAAAGGAGCGGCCAGACGUACCGAAACAGACAUCCAACCUCAUCACUUUCCUAUCCGAACUCUAUAACUUUCAACUCGUGGGCCCUAACUUGCUCUUCGAUUUCAUUCGAAUCCUUUUGGGUGAUCUUUCGGAGCUGAACGCGGAACUUUUGCUCAGGAUUGUGCGCAUCGCUGGCCCAGCCCUCCGACAAGAUGACCCCAUGUCUGUCAAGGACAUUGUUACCCUUAUCCGCCCGGCUGUUGCCAAGAUCGGAGAGAAGAACCUCAGCGUCAGAACUAAAUUUAUGAUUGAGACCAUCAACGACCUGAAAAACAACAAGAUGAAGACGGGUCUAGGCGCUUCCGCCGUUCUCACGGAGCACACAACCAAGAUGAAGAAGCUUUUGGGCACCUUGAAAACCAUGAAGACGGCCGAGCCUUUGCGAAUGACCCUUGCCGAUAUACGCGAUGCCGACAAGAAGGGCAAAUGGUGGCUUGUAGGCGCUAGCUGGGCAGGCAAAGAUAAGGACAGUGACAAGAAGCCAUUGACUCAGGACGGUGUCAUACAGGAUAGCGUUGACUCGGACGACGAAAGCUUUGUCUUGGAGGAUGUCGAGGACAUGCCUGACCUCGGAGAACUUGCCAGAGAAAACCAGAUGAACACGGACGUGCGCCGGUCCAUCUUUGUGUCGAUAAUGUCCGCCACGGACUACGAGGAUGCCUACUACCGCAUCCUCAAGUUGCGCCUGAACAAGGAGCGACAGAGAGAGAUUCCAUACGUGAUCAUCCAGUGUGCCGGCGCAGAGCAGGUCUACAACCCAUACUACACCUUGGUGGCCAAGAAGCUUUGCGGGGAUCGCAAAAUCCGGUGGUCGUUCCAAGACGCGCUCUGGAAGCUAUUCAGGCGUCUCGGAGAGUCAGUUUUUGGCGAUGACGCAGAGGAUGGGGAGGAUGUAGAUGCGAUGGACAUGCGGCGGCUUGUCAACAUUGCAAAACUGUUCGGGGCCAUGGUGGCAGGUGGAUCGCUAGGGUUGGCAAUUCUGAAAUGCCUCAAUUUGCCUUAUCUACAAACCAAGACGCGGGCGCUAGUGGAGAUCCUGCUGAUUACUGUGCUUCUGGAAGCCGGAAAAGGCGGCGACAAGGAUCGGGAUGAGACGAUUACUUCGGUGUUUGUGGCUGUGGAAGGGAUCCCCGAGCUUGCCAGAGGCCUGCAAUGGUUCAUCAAGAAGGUGGUCCGGAAGUCGGAUCUCGCGGGAGGAGCGGCCAACACCAAGCUCGUCAAGGAGGGUUGCAAGACAGCCAUGGCGGCCUUGGAGCAUGCGCUGCUCGCCGCCGAAGGCUUGGUGGAAUGAUUUUGCUUUGUUGGAUACCUGUAUAUAGAUCGGAUAUCUUCGGGAAUAGCAACAUAAUGAUCAGGGAUACAAGUG